AAUAAAUAUUCUUCUAAUCGUUCUCAUUCUCUAGCUAAUCAUAGACAAUAACACAGCUCUUUGUGUUAAUCUUCCGGCGAGAUGCUGCAAAGAGACGCCGUGAUCGAUUUUGACGCAACUGAGAUACCGCGCGUUCCGUUUGUCCUCGCCUUCAACGACCUAACCUAUAACGUCACUCUUCAACCACGUUUUGGUCUUCGUUUCAGACAUAGCCCUGCUAAGAUAAAGACACUGCUCAAUGGUAUCACUGGAGAGGCUAACGAAGGAGAGAUCCUAGCCAUUCUUGGCGCAAGCGGAGCUGGAAAAUCAACGCUUAUCGAUGCAUUAGCAGGACAGAUUGCGGAAGGUAGCUUGAAAGGCACGGUAACUCUAAACGGAGAAGCUUUGCAAUCUCGUGUGUUGAGAGUUAUAUCGGCUUAUGUAAUGCAAGAAGAUCUACUUUUCCCUAUGCUCACUGUCGAAGAAACCCUAAUGUUCGCUGCCGAAUUUAGGCUUCCGCGAAGCUUUAGCAAAUCAAAGAAAAGAAACAGAGUUGAAACCCUAAUAGAUCAAUUAGGGCUCAGAACUGUUAAAAACACUGUGAUCGGAGAUGAAGGCCAUCGUGGUAUCUCCGGUGGAGAAAGAAGGCGUGUAUCAAUUGGGACCGAUAUCAUUCACGAUCCUAUCGUCUUGUUCCUCGACGAACCAACCUCAGGACUAGACUCAACUAGUGCCUUCAUGGUGGUGCAAGUCUUGAAAAGGAUUGCACGUAAUGGCAGCAUCGUGAUUAUGUCAAUCCAUCAGCCUAGUUGUCGGAUUAUGGAGUUUCUUGAUCGAAUCAUCAUUUUAUCUUCUGGCCAGAGUGUGUUUAGUGAUUCUCCAGCUACUCUCCCUUUGUUCUUCUCAGAAUUUGGUAGUCCCAUACCGGACAAAGAGAACAAUGCGGAAUUCACACUUGACCUAAUCAAAGAGCUUGAAGAAUCCUCCGAAGGAACAAGAGGGUUAGUCGAAUUCAACCGAAAUUGGCAACAAAAGAAGCAAAGAGUUAGCCAAGAACCACACCAUAACUCAUCAUCCUUGGUAGAAGCCAUCAAUGCAAGCAUUUCAAGAGGCAAACUUGUCUCUACUUCAUAUAGCUCUAUUCCUUCAUACGUAAAUCCAUGGUGGGUAGAGACAAUAAUCUUAGCUAAACGCUACAUGAUAAACUGGACCCGAACUCCCGAGCUUAUCGGAACACGGGUUUUCAUAGUCAUGCUGACCGGUUUUCUCUUGGCUACCGUUUACUGGAAAGUGGAUGACUCUCCAAGAGGCGUCCAAGAGCGGUUAAGCUUCUUCUCAUUUGCAAUGGCCACAAUGUUUUACAGUUGCGCCGAUGGAUUGCCCGCUUUUAUUCAAGAAAGAUACAUUUUCUUGAGAGAAACCGCGCAUAACGCUUACCGAAGAUCCUCCUACGUUAUAUCUCACUCUCUCGUAACUCUGCCUCAUCUCUUCGCGCUUUCCAUCGGCUUUGCAGCCACCACAUUCUGGUUCGUUGGUCUAAACGGCGGUCUCGCGGGUUUCAUCUACUAUCUUCUGAUCAUUUUCGCGUCGUUCUGGUCUGGGUGCUCUUUCGUUACAUUUGUCUCCGGUGUGAUUCCAAACGUGAUGAUGAGUUAUAUGGUCACCUUUGGCUAUCUCUCAUACUGCCUUCUCUUCAGCGGAUUCUACAUCAACCGCGAUCGAAUCCAUCUUUAUUGGAUAUGGAUUCAUUACAUUUCUCUACUAAAGUAUCCCUACGAAGCUGUUCUGCACAAUGAAUUCGAUGAUCCUUCCCGUUGUUUUGUAAGAGGAAACCAAGUUUUUGAUAAUACAAUAAUGGAAGGAGUGUCUGAAACGACAAAGGCUAAGCUUCUGGAGACAAUGAGCAGUUACUUGGGGAUGGAGUUAACAGAAUCAACGUGUUUGAGGACGGGCUCUGAUUUGCUAAAGCAGCAUGGAAUUGAGCAGCUGGAUAAAUGGGGUUGCUUGUGGGUAACGUUAGCUUGGGGAUUCUUCUUUAGGAUCUUGUUUUAUUUUUCUUUGUUGCUUGGAAGCAAGAAUAAGAGGGCGUGAACGUCAUGUAUGAUGUAUAUAAAUGUAAAUUUCCUAAAUAAAAAAUUUAUUGUGAA